GUAUAAAAGCAGCAGCGCCGAAGAAUCAAACGUUCACUGUAAAUGUGAAAGUGUAGGCGUAAGCAACGGUAACAACAAUCACAAGAAUAACGGGAUAGCAACAAGAAUAAGGAUUAUGCAGUCACUGAUUUGGUUUUUGAUUUGUGGCAUGUGCGCCUGCGCAUACGCGCAACUUGUGGCAGUGGCAACCGACCUUGUGCCGCUUAAUCUGACGGAGACGCCGACGCCGACGCCAAGCGAGCCGGGAAUUUGGCGACAGUCGCGUCGACGCAGCACGUUGGCGGACAGCUGUACCACAAACGGUGGCGCCACCGGCACCUGCCUCACGCGCUUCAAGUGCAUGCGUCAAGGUGGCACAGUCAACGGCUAUUGCGGCACUUACGGUGUUUGUUGUGAAACCAACAUGGCGUGUGGCACCACAACUCGCUUGAAGCGCACCAUUAUCCGGAAUCCGGCAACCUUUGCCAGCGACACGUGUCAGUACACCAUCGAGGCGUUCAGUGCGAAUGUGCAACAAUUGCGCAUUGACUUUGAGCAGUUCGAGUUGCCACAGCCGGUGGCAAGUGCAACGGAUGAGCGUAUGCUCGAGUGCAGGGAUUACUUUGAGGCGGCCGACUUUAAGCUGUGUGGCGUCAAUGCCGGCCAGCAUUUGUAUCUGCCCUUCAACGUGGCCGCGGGCAUUGAUCAGUUGACGCUGACGUUUGUGGUGCCAACGCGUUGGAGUCAGACGAACUGGCGCCUGAUUGUGACACAGCUGGAGGGGCCACAGGUCAGCAGCAGGCGCAGGAUGACACCGUUUGGUGGCUCAAACAGUCUGCAGGAUCUGCGCAACAUCUUUGCCUCACAUCACGCCGACUACGAGCUGCUUGCACCUGCUGGAUGCCAUCAGUAUUAUACGGAGCUGACGGGCAACAUACGCAGCUUCAACUAUCAGCCCAGCAUGGGAUUCCCCUACAUGUCGGACACCAGCUACACCAUUUGCAUCAAGUCGACGCCCAGUGCCAGCAUGAUUGAAUACAACUUUAGCAAGUUUAGCAUGUCGGUGCAAACGGACGAGGUCGAGGGCUAUGAUGAGGCAUGCCACGCGACGGUGCAUACGACGGGCAGACAGGAGGACUAUCUGCUGAUACCACAGUCCAUGCUGACCAAGAAUCCGGCCUAUCAGCCGACCUAUUACUGUGGCACCAACGAUAACCUAAUCGUAAUUGCUUCUCCGCCCUACAUGCUGCACUUCUCCAGCGAUGACAUGACCCUCGAGGCAGCCCAGGAGACAGGCUUCAGCUUGACUUAUCGCCUGCGUACAUAAAUUCUCUAAAGUGGCAGUGGCAAGCUGUCCAGUUAAGUGGCCAUUAGAUUAAGCUACGUUUUAGCCAUGUGCAUAGCAUUUACAGCCAGGGAAAAGUGCUCUAAAAUUUUAAUAUUUAAACUGUCAUGUAACUUUAAAACUUAAUUUAAUGUAAACUAUUUAAA